AGCCGUGCUGGCCAAGCGUAUUCGAGCCGAUGCCCUCCUGGCCGCCAGAACGCGAUUGGGCCAUGCCCAUCCUGGCGAUUCGCUACCUUCCGCCUUGUCCGCGCUUGGGCGCGGCCGCCGCUGGCCGUGGCUCCGUGCGCGGCGAGUGCGAGGUAGAAUCCUGAGGCGCAGGCGCUCUUGUCAUGGAGGCGCCGGCCAAGCGGCCUCGCCGGCGGCGGCCGCCGCAGGCGACGGAGUUGCCGCCGGGCGCCCGCGACGAGGGCAGCGAGGCGUACGCAUGGCAUUUCGACAUGCUGCAUGACGGCGCGCGGCUGGCGGCUUUUGGCGAGGCCUUUGGCCGGCUGCCGGCCGCCUCUUCGCGCGGCCUGGCCGUGGACAUCGGGUGCGGUUCUGGUGUGCUGGGCCUUGCUCUGCUGCGGCGGCAGCCGCGGCUCCAGCACGUCCACGGCAUCGAGUGCGAGGCCAGCGUCGCCGCGGUGGCGCGCGACAACGUGAAGAGGGCCGGCGAGGAGAGGCGCAUGAGUGUGCACGCCUGCCGUUCCACCUCGUUGCAGGGCCUGCCUGGGCCUGCCGGGUCGGCCGGCGCCGCGGCGCGCGCGUCACUGGUCGUGGCGGAGAUCCUGGACGCAGGGCUGCUGGGCGAAGACUGCCUGGGCACGUUGCGGCACGCUGCCGACCGGCUGCUGGAGCCUGGCUACCAUGCCGUGCCGGCGUCCGCGGAACUGUUCGCGGUGGCCGUGGAGAGCAGCGUACUGGCCUCUUGGCAGCAUUGCACCCCGCGCGCGUGGAUGCCGACGGAUUACGUCCGUGACCACGGCGACGCCAAUCCGCACGACGUCGCGUUGGACCGGUUGGUGGAGGCGGGCGGUGCGCGCGUGCUGUCGGAGGAGUUCUACGCCUUCCAUUUCGACUUCGAAUCGCUUCCGCCGGCGGCCGGCCGCUGUCAGGUGUGCGAGGUGAGGGUGGCGCGCGCGGGCAGGGUCGACGCCGUCGUGUUCUGGUGGCGGUGCCGGAUGGUCCGGGGCGACGCGGAGGCCGCCAUGACCAAUGCGCCGCCCUGGGCGCCCUCCGCGUCGCACUUGCCGCCGCGAAGCGAGAUCGACCACUGGCGCCAGUCGGUCUGCGUGCUCCCGAGGCCCGCCGCCCAGGUCGCGGCUGGCGGCGUGCUGCGCGUGGCCGUGCUGCACAACGACGAGGAUGUGUGGUUCCGCGUGCUAGGCGCGGACGGCGAGACGCCGCCCUCGCCGGCCCUGGUGCCGAGGGCCGCCAGUAACAUGUCUCUCUGGUCGCAGGCGCGCCUGUGGUCGCUCGCCGACGACGCUGGCCACCAGCUGCUGGAGGGCGCGGUGCGCCAGGCCGUGCGCGCGGCGCCGCUGAGGCCCUGGCGCGAGCACGCCGGGGUGCUGGUCGUGGACUUGUCCGACGGGCCACUGGCGAGUGUGGCGGCGCUGAGCGCGCUGGCGGAGCUGGCGCGGGAGCGGCGGCGCCAGCGGCGCCGCGGGCCCGCCUCCCGGCGGCUGCGGGCUGCACUCUGGCUGAGCGGCCGCCGGCCCACCGUGCUCUGCCUGGAGAGCAGCGCUCAGGACCUCCAGGUCGCCCGGGACGUGGCCGCGCCCUACGCGGCGCGGCUUCGGCGGCGGCUGGCACGCACGACGCGGCGCGGCGGCGCGCCCGCGCUGCAACUGUCCACGGAGCUGCCGAUGCUCGUCCCCGGGAGCGUGUCGGCGCUGUGCGGGGAGCCGCACUUGCGCGCUUGCGAGGGGUUGCCCUGCGACUCGCAGCUGUGGCAGCACUGGGCGCAGGUGGACUCCCUGCGGUGGACGCUGGCGCCAGCGGCGGCGCUGGUGCCAUGCCGCUUCCGCGUGUGGGCGGCGUUGGUGUCGUGCCCGGGGCUCUGGAGGAGACGGCAGCCUGUGGGCGCGCCCGUGUGCGGUGGCGUGGACGUGGCCGCGAUCAAUCGCCUGCACCCAGAGAGCGGUGCCGACGGCGCGGCGUUCAGGCACCGCUUCCCGUGCGGCCUGUGGCAGGUCGAGCACAGCAUCCGCGGCGAACCGGCCGCCCUGUGCGAGGUCCACCUUUCCGAGCCGUUCCCGGAGCGCGUGCGCCUCUUCCCCGAAGUCACGUUCCAACCGCGCCCGUCACCGAGGGUAUCCACGCCCUGGUCACGUGGACGGAGGUGGAGCUCGCGCCGGGCCGGUGGCACGCCAGCACAGCGCCGGCAGCGGCGACGGUGGGCGGCGGGCAGCAGAGGUUGCCGCCCUCGCCAGCGCCGCAGGGGGUGCUGCUGGCCCGCUGGCCGCUGCCGCCAGAGGAGGCCGCGCGCCGCCAGGUACUGUGCGUGCGCGCCCGCUUCCACCCCCGCGACGGGACGCUGAGGCUCCGGGCGCGUUGGCAGGGCGGCGGAUCAUUCUGACGGGGGAGACCUAUCUCUCUGACCUGUCGCGGCGGAGGGCGGCUCGCGCUGUCAGCCCCGCGACGGGACGCUGAGGUCGGGCGCGCUGGCAGGGCGGCGGUGGAGGAAAAGGGCAGUGCACGGUGAGCGUGCGAGGCCGUGCGCGCGUGUUCUUCCGCACGCCACAGCAGCACGAAC